GAAAACAUCGUAAGACCAGACAUGAUCCAGCUCCUCAUGCAAGCGAAGAAAGGAGUUCUUAAAGAUGAGGCAUCCUCGGAAAAUAGCAAGGACACCGACAGAGCCUACGAACUGGACAACGACGACAUUGCAGCUCAAGCCCUGCUGUUCUUUCUGUCUGGCUUUGACACGACCUCCACACUUCUGUGCUUCGCCUCCCACCAGAUGGCGGUCCACCCGGAAAUACAGACCAAGCUUCAAGAGGAGAUUGACGAAACUCUGCACGAACAUGGCGGCAAGCUCACGUAUGAGGCUCUACAAGGAAUGAAAUAUCUCGACAUGGUUGUGUCAGGUGAGAAAAACAUAGCGGGCCUAUUUGUUUGCAUUCGGCAUUAUGGUUGACAGCUCCAAAAAUAUAUCCAAAGACUAAAUAACCUUGAUAUAAUUUAAAUUUAUACCACGAUAAAGAAAUUCUGGCCUAUUCUAAAUUAAAAAUACAUUUGCUCUUA